AUGGUGGCUCAAAUAGUACACCAUACGCCAUAUCCAAUCCAUCCAAGCGUUAAGGAUAGGCUGCACCCGGACUAUGUCGCAUUCUACAACAAGUACCUCAUCAACCAGCAGCCGGCCCAUCUUCAGCCCAUUGCAGUUUCUCGACGAGGAGGCAGUGUCGUUGUGUGCAACAGCGAUCCUCUUCCCGUCGGCAAAUCGGAAGACAUAUGUAUUCCCCGGCAAGAGAGUGCCGGUCCAGAGGUGUCGAUUCGCUACUUCACCCCUCAAGGAGAUCCACCAGGGUCCGGCUGGCCUGCCGUGCUAUAUGUACACGGAGGAGGAUGGGUAUUCGGCGACAUUGACACUGAAAACAAUGUCUGCACCAACAUGACUGUCCGGUCCAAAUGUGUGGUGAUCACAACUGACUACAGGCUCGCCCCUGAAAACCCGUGGCCGGCAGCGAUCCAUGAUACAUGGGAAGCAUUCCUCUGGACGGUUUCACAAGGAGCAAAGCUUCUCAACCUAGACCUGGGCAAGAUGGCCGUUGCUGGAGCGUCGGCGGGAGCCAACAUUGCGGCAGUGAUUGUCCAGAACGCCACGCUUCGACCACAGCCUGGCGUAUCGAUCUGUUCGCAACUUCUCGUUGUGCCUAUCACAGACAACACAGCCAACACGUAUUCCAACCCGACGUGGAAAGCAUUCGAGUUCACUGCCGGUCUGUCUGCAAAGAAAAUGUUGUGGUAUCGUCAGCAUUACCUACCUUGUCAAGCCAACUGGACGCAUCGUGAGGCUUCGCCACUUCUGGCCUCGGACGAGGUAUUUUCCCGGCUCCCACCUGCGAACAUCAUCGUAGGUGAGCUCGACGUGCUGAGACAUGAUGGGGAAGAGUAUGCAAGAAAGUUGGAGGCCAACGGUGUGUCCGCAGUAGUCACUGUCAUGGAGGGUAUGCCACAUCCCUUUCUCGCCAUGGAUGCUGUGCUGGAUGCUGGUAAGAGGGCCAUUACGAUUAUGUGUGAGGACUUGGUUCGAGCCUUUGCGUGA